UUCCGGCGGGCCAAGAUGGCGGCGGCGGGCCCGGCGCUGGGCCCCGAGGCCCCGGGCGGCUCCGGGGCGGCCCCGGGCGGGCCCCGCGCGGGCCCCGAGGGCCCCGGGCCGGGCGGCGGGGCCGGGGCCGCGCCCGGAGCCGCCCGCGGAGCGCCCGGGGCCGCGGCCGGCGCGCGGGACCCCGAGGUGGCGGUGGAGAUCGGCGAGACGUACCUGUGCCGCAGGGCCGACGGCAGCUGGCACUCGGCCGAGGUGAUCCAGUCCCGCCUGAACGAGCAGGAGGCGCGCGAGGAGUUCUACGUGCACUACGUGGGCUUUAACCGGCGGCUGGACGAGUGGGUGGACCGGAACCGGCUGGCGCUGUCCAAGAGCCUGAAGGAGGCGGCGCAGAAGAGCUCGGAGCCGUUCCUGGGCGAGCUGGCCGAGCCCGAGAGGAAAAUCACCCGCAACCAGAAACGCAAGCACGACGAGAUCAACCACGUGCAGAAGACCUAUGCCGAGAUGGACCCGACCACGGCGGCGCUGGAGAAGGAGCACGAGGCCAUCACCAAGGUGAAGUACGUGGACAAGAUCCACAUCGGGCACUACGAGAUCGACGCGUGGUACUUCUCGCCCUUCCCCGAGGACUACGGCAAGCAGCCCAAGCUCUGGAUCUGCGAGUUCUGCCUCAAGUACAUGAAGUACGAGAGGAGCUACCGCCUGCACCUGGGGCAGUGCCAGUGGCGGCAGCCGCCGGGCCGCGAGAUUUACCGCAAGGGGAACAUCUCUGUCUACGAGGUGGACGGCAAGGACCACAAGAUCUAUUGCCAGAACCUGUGCCUGCUGGCCAAGCUGUUCCUGGACCACAAGACGCUCUACUUCGACGUGGAGCCCUUCGUGUUCUACCUGCUCACCGAGGUCGACCGCCAGGGCGCGCACAUCGUCGGCUACUUCUCCAAGGAAAAGGAGUCCCCGGACGGGAACAACGUGGCGUGCAUCCUGACCCUGCCCCCGUACCAGCGCCGCGGCUACGGCAAAUUCCUCAUCGCCUUCAGCUAUGAGCUGUCCAAGCUGGAGAGCACCGUGGGCUCCCCGGAGAAGCCGCUCUCGGACCUGGGCAAGCUCAGCUACCGCAGCUACUGGUCCUGGGUGCUGCUGGAGAUCCUCAGGGACUUCCGGGGAACCCUCUCCAUCAAGGACCUCAGCCAGAUGACCAGCAUCACGCAGACGGACAUCAUCAGCACGCUGCAGUCGCUGAACAUGGUCAAGUACUGGAAGGGGCAGCACGUCAUCUGCGUCACGCCCAAGCUGGUGGAGGAGCACCUCAAGAGCGCCCAGUACAAGAAGCCGCCCAUCACCGUGGACUCCAUCUGCCUGCGCUGGGCGCCCCCGAAGCACAAACAGGCCAAGGUGGCCAAGAAGUGAAAUUCCAGUUUUGCCCAAUUUUGGGGGAAUUUCCCCCAAUUUUUGGGGAUUUUUUCCUCCAGUUUUGGGAUUUUUUCCUCCACUUUUGGGUGUUUUUCCCCAAAUUUUGGGGGUUUUCCCUCAAUUUUUGGCGGUUUUUCCUCAAAUUUGGGGGGAAUUUCCCCCAAAGUUUUGGGAUUUUUUCCUCCAGUUUUGGGAUUUUUUUUUCCUCCAGUUUUUGGGUUUUUUCCCCAAAUUUUUGGGGUUUUCCUCAAAUUUUGGGGGAAUUUCCCCCAAUUUUGGGACAUUUUUUCCUCCAAUUUUGGGAUAUUUUUUUCCCC